AUGCAGAAAAGCUUCCGUCGCUUCGCAGACUCCACCGCCAGAUGCAUCUCCGCCGUAAACUUCGCCGGAAUCCUUCAAUCUGCUGAAUCUGUGCAUAACUGUAAUGACCCACCACUCCCACCAUCUCCACUUCUUUCUCCAACCCCACCACUUCUACCUUCUUCUCCACCAUCUCCACCUUCUUACCCACCAUCUCCAUCUUCUUUAAAGCUUGAGAAAGAGAGAGAGAAGAAGGAGAAGAAGGAAGAAAGCUCACCUGAGCUCGUCGCCGGAGCAACCGUGCGCCGUGACCACGUUCAGCUUGCCACCACCGAUAAACACCCUAGACUACCAUCGUGUUCCUCUCGUCGAGACGAAUCCGUAGCCACCAAAAACGCCUCAAUCGGAGUCCGGACGAAGCCGCACGCGCCUCCGGAAGUUUCGCCUCUGCGCGCGCGUGAGGUACACGCGCCGCUGCCGGACCACCGUCCCCCGCCGCCGGAAUAUCCGCCGUCGCCGCCGUUGACCAUCGCCGGUAACUCGCCGGUGACUCGGUCAACUCGUCCGAGUCAACUCAGUGAGUCAACUCGGUUGACUCGGUUAACCGAUCGGUUAGCCGGUUUAAAUUGAUUUCGGUUCGGUUAGGGUAAACCGAUCGGUUAGGACAAAUUGAUUUCUGGUCAAGGGUUGACCGGAUUGACCUUUGACCAGUGAGUUGACUUUUCCGUAAAUACCCGUUUUAAACCGUUCGAAAGGCGUUCUGACUCGAAAUUUCGAUCUGA